AUGACGGAGAUUCAGGUCUUUCAGAAUCAAAAGUCAUUGGGGAAAAUGAAAGUGAUGAGUAUUGUUACAGUUCGAAAUGUUGAGGCAAAAAGGUUAUUACUUGAAGAAAUUCCUCAGAUUGUGCAACAUCAUGAAGGUUCACCACAGGUAGUGCAAUUACAAGAUGAUGACUGCAUGGAAGGGUGUCAUAUGAGAUGUAUUCCUAAUAACAGAAUUACUCCUUGUUUAUGUGUAUGUUAAUUUUCGUUUUCUUUUAAUUGUUGAAUCGGAUAAUAAGAUAAGUUUUCAUUAAUAAUAUAUAAAACUUUGUUGCAUACAUUACAAUAA